GACGGAUGGAUGAGUAAAGAAAAAUAGCGACUUGUUUACAGGAUGACUGUCAGGUAUUUUUUUCUUCUUCUCCCCUUCCGGAAGUAGCUGCUGCGUUGGUUCAAUCUCCAAGCCGACCAUUUCGAGGAGGAAAAUCAGCGCCAGCAGUAUCAUCACCACCAUCUAUGAUCCAAUAAUCAAUGCCAUUACUGCUGUGAAAUUGCUCUCGGAUGCGAAGACAUCUCCAUGCGUCUUCCCCCCCUUUCCGCCCCUCUUUAAUUAGAUAAAUCAGAGGGUGCCUUUUGUAUCAUUCUGCCUCUCUUUGACAUUUCAACGCGCCGUAUUUUUGGCUUGCAAAUGAAAUGCUGAUGGACAUCGAGCGAAGAUGGGAAAACAUGGGGCUUUCGGGUGUUUUUGUGCUAUGUUUCCAGCUAGGCGUCCUCAGUAAAAAAUGCAAAUGAAAAGGAUUGUGUUUUUGAUCUCGACGUGGAUUGUCGGGCUGAAUGGCACGGAUUCUCCGUGGAUCAACCAGAGGCUUUACAAAAAGGAGAUGAAAUAGAGAGAGAGAGCGAGAAGACGGGAAAAAUGGACCAUGAUCUGACGCUUGGGAUGCUACAGUGAGGGACAAUGAAAAAAACAACAGACAUAUUAUAAUCACAUCCGAAUCAAACUUCCAUUUCAUCUUCCGCAUCCUUUUUUCUUUUUGGAUUAUGAUUCUUGACAAGAGUCCCAGAUGUGACUUUAUGGGUGGCAUGUCGUUGUAUUUUACAUCCCAUCUUCUAUUUCCUGGCUCUGUGUUGCUCUCUCUUCCACUCGUCCACUCUCUCGCAGUCUUCUGCUUUGGGUAGCAAAAACAUGUAGGCUAUUUUUUGCUGCAAGCCCAGUGCAUCUAAAAAAAAAAAGGUGUCUUUGAGAGGAACGGUGAAGAAAAAUGGACUGGAAUAAAAUAAAAAAAACCCGUACAAGUUGUAAUGUUUUCUGGGGUGCGAUGGAAGAUGCAUAUAGACAGCGUUUGUUGAGUUGUUUUGAGUAAUGAAUAUUGAAAGAGUGUGUCGGCCGGCUGAAAGGGAAAAUCUUUCAUCCGCAUUGGCUUAGACACACAUGCCAUCAGUGGGGCGAGAGCCUUUAUUUCUCUGGAUCUCCAAUUAAUAGGUGUUACUGAAAAUGCUACAAUAAAGAUGAACAUAUCAGGUGUAUGAAUAACAAUAACAACAAUAAUAAUAUUAAUAAUAAUAGAGGGAGAGGAGAAAGGACAAAAACACUUCAUUUAUUUAUUCCAGUCUGGCGGGUUCUGUAUGUAGCCAAACAUGUUCAAGUAUCGGAUCCGCAUGUUUUUUAACGAACUGAAAGUCCUGGUGUUUAUGCGAUCCGAUUCGAGACAGUCCGGCUCAGACACAGAUAGACGGUCCACCACCAUGCGAGGUCUGGGGAUGGGCGGCUGCGGUUGGCCGCCUUUCGUCGACUGCCAUUCCCGGGAUGACGAGGAGGAGUACUACGGCAGCGACCCGCGGCCCCGGAGCCUGGCGUUUGAGGACAAGGAGCCCAAGCUGCAAGUGGGCCUGGACGCCGUGUCUCUGGCCAGCACCGCCAGCAGCCUGCGGACCCCCCAAUGCCGGAUCUGUUUCCAAGGCCCAGAGCAGGGUGAGCUGUUGAGCCCCUGCCGCUGUGACGGCUCGGUCCGCUGCACCCAUCAGCCCUGCCUCAUCCGCUGGAUCAGCGAGAGAGGCUCCUGGAGCUGCGAACUCUGCUACUUCAAGUACCAGGUCCUGGCCAUCAGCACCAAGAACCCUCUGCAGUGGCAGGCCAUCUCUCUGACGGUGAUCGAGAAGGUGCAAAUAGCGGCCAUUAUUCUAGGUUCCCUUUUCCUCAUUGCCAGCAUCUCCUGGCUCAUCUGGUCCUCCCUCAGCCCCUCGGCCAAGUGGCAACGUCAGGACCUGCUCUUCCAAAUCUGCUACGGCAUGUACGGCUUCAUGGAUAUCGUCUGCAUAGGCCUCAUCAUCCAUGAGGGAUCGUCAGUGUAUCGAAUCUUCAAACGAUGGCAGGCUGUCAAUCAGCAGUGGAAAGUACUAAACUAUGAGAAAUCAAAAGACUUGGGCGACCCGUUGAGUUCGAGCAGCAAGACGGGGGCACGUGGCUCUCGUGGUAACCCGCACGGUCUGGCCAGCGGCAGUGGUGGGCGACAGAGCAGGAGGUUAAGAACUAUUCUGAACCACCACUGUGGAUACACCAUCUUGCACAUCCUGAGCCAACUAAGGCCCAACGACCCGCGGAUCAGCGCCGCCGCCAACCGGGAGGUGGUGAUGAGGGUCACCACUGUAUGAGUCGGACCAGGCAUGUGUGAUGGGAUAGACCUUAUCUUUGUGUCCAGAUGUAAAUGAGAGGACGGACUUAUGGACCUAAUAGUAAACACUAAAAACUCAUGUAGGCAACAGGAGCCCUGCGAGGAGCUGGGUGAAGCCCUACAGACAGCACACACUUGAGGAUUUCUCCUCUUGUUUCGUACAACAAAAGGAAAACAGAUGCUCCUUUUCAAUAAUUAAAGAAGUGAUGAAAACAGGGAUGAAAAAGCAAAGACAUCAAACAUGACA